ACACACACACACUCACACACACACACACACACACACACACACACACAUAUAUUGUAUCGAAGGUACGCACGUACGUAAAAAAAAAAUUAAAUUAAAUCGACAAAAUGUUUAAAUUGAAUUAAAUCAAAACCCGUUUGGAAUAAGAGUGCGUUCUCAUCGCGAGUGUAGUCGUGUCGGUUGUUUACUACCAUUAUGCAUUUGUGAGUGCGCCCGUGCGUGUGUUGUGUGUGCAUGUGUGUGCGGUGCACUCGGUUCGAACUCGGCCGCGUGUGAAUGCGAGUGCGUGUAGUGUACAUCGCUGCCGUCGCUUCGAAAGUGUACUUUCCGUUAUCGCGGUGGUAAUAAUCAUAAUAAUAAGACCGUAAAGACGACGACGUCGAUCACCCCCAGACGCCGUCGCGGAAACCGGUGCGGUGCGGUGUGGUCCGGGCGUGUGGCCUGAGCUCCGCAGCCGCCGCCGCCACACACCACCGUCGUCGUAUAAUCAUCAUCGGGCGCCGUAGCGAUAAGUUCGGCGCGCGGUGACGGUGAAGACGUCGACGACGACGACCGUAACGACGUCGUCGACGACCACGACGACGGCUACGACGAUAACGACGACGAUACCGCUGCGUUCAUUGUCGCCGGCGCUGUAGCAGCCGUGGCAACGGUCAAUGGACGAUAGCCGGCGCACCGGCCCGACAAUAAGAUGACCGCCGGACUCGAUGACCUCGAACUCCUAGCAAAGGUUGGCGGCGGAGAAGGAAGUCGCUGCGGCCGCGGGACGUGACUGCAUCGGGUCGGCGGGAACAUCCGCCGGCAUGGGGAGGCCGCGGUCCCACCACCAUCAUCACCAUCACCACCAUCAGCAGGCGGACGCGCCCCCUGGGCCGUCGUCCUUGUUCCUGUUCAGCACCGACAACCCCGUCCGCCGGUACACCAGGUUCAUCAUCGAAUGGCCUCCGUUCGAAUAUGCGGUGCUGUUAACCAUCAUAGCCAACUGCGUGGUGUUGGCUCUGGAGGAACAUCUGCCCAGGGGAGACAAGACUGUACUUGCUAAGACUUUGGAGGCAACCGAACUCGUUUUCCUAGCAAUUUUUUGCGUCGAAGCGACUCUCAAAAUAUUAGCUUUAGGUUUUUUACUGCACAGCGGCUCAUAUCUUCGUAAUAUAUGGAACAUUAUGGACUUUUUUGUAGUUGUAACAGGAUGUAUAACACAAAUACCGUCAGCGGCAAACAUGGAUCUGCGGACGCUGCGAGCGAUCCGGGUAUUGAGGCCGCUCAAAUUGGUCUCCGGAAUUCCAAGUCUGCAAGUUGUACUGAAGUCCAUCAUCAAAGCGAUGGCACCGCUACUCCAGAUUGGCUUAUUGGUGUUAUUUGCUAUCAUCAUAUUUGCAAUCAUUGGACUGGAGUUUUACUCCGGAGCGUUGCACAAGACUUGCUACAAGUUGGAUAAUCUGAUUGCGAUGGAAAUCGAGGGACAGAACCCGGCGCCUUGCAACUCGGACUCGGAUUCAAACGAGAGCACGAAGCCGUACAACGCGUACUUCUGUGAUAACACGACGUCCACGUGCAUAGAGAACUGGGAAGGUCCCAACUACGGGAUCACGUCGUUCGAUAACAUCGGACUCGCCAUGCUUACCGUUUUCCAGUGCAUCACCAUGGAAGGGUGGACUACCAUUCUGUACUGGAUGAACGAUGCAUACGGCGUGUUAUUCAAUUGGAUAUAUUUUGUACCACUUAUUAUUCUAGGUUCAUUUUUUAUGCUCAAUUUAGUUCUUGGUGUGCUUAGCGGAGAAUUCGCUAAAGAAAGAGAAAAAGUCGAAAACCGGCAAACGUUUUUGAAGCUACGGCGACAGCAACAGCUGGAACGCGAGCUCAACGGUUAUGUUGACUGGAUAUGUAAAGCCGAAGAGGUUAUCCUGGCCGAAGAACGAACCACAGAUGAAGAGAGAAGACAUAUAAUCGAAGCAAGAAGAAGAGCUGACAUAAAAAGGAAAAAACUGAAAACCUUGGGCAAAAGCAAAAGCACCGAAUCUGAAGAAGAGUGCGAGGAAGAAGAAGCCGAUGAAGUGCUUGGUAAAGGCAAAAAAGGUUUUCCACGUACGCCAACGUUCAAAGACCGAAUGCGAAAAAAAGGCGUUUGUGCUUCCAUGUGGAGAGCAGAAAAACGAUUUAGGUUUUGGAUCAGACGCAUGGUAAAAGCGCAAUGGUUCUAUUGGUUCGUCAUCGUAUUAGUGUUUUUUAAUACAGUGUUCGUGGCCAUCGAACAUCACAAACAACCAGAAUACAUAACGAAUUUUGUCUUUUAUUCUGAGUACGUAUUCCUCAUGCUCUUCAUGGCUGAAAUGUUCAUUAAGAUGUACGCGCUUGGGAUACGAAUAUACUUUGAUUCCGCAUUCAACCGUUUCGAUUGCGUCGUAAUCAUGGGCUCUAUAUUCGAAGUCGUUUGGUCUGCCGUCAAAGGUGGUUCUUUCGGUCUGUCCGUGCUGAGAGCACUUCGGUUAUUACGAAUAUUCAAAGUGACAAAGUAUUGGUCUUCGUUGAGAAACCUCGUGAUAUCGUUACUCAACUCCAUGAGAUCAAUCAUAUCGUUGCUUUUCCUACUGUUCUUAUUCAUACUAAUAUUUGCACUGCUCGGUAUGCAGUUGUUCGGCGGACAGUUUAAUUUUGAGGAAGGAACGCCCCCGACAAAUUUCAACACAUUUCCAAUAGCUCUGCUAACCGUGUUUCAGAUUCUAACGGGUGAAGAUUGGAAUGAAGUCAUGUACCAAGGCAUCAGAAGUCAAGCCCAGACUCAAGGUGGAGGGAUGAUAUAUGCUCUAUACUUCAUCAUCUUAGUAUUGUUUGGUAAUUAUACACUGUUAAACGUGUUCUUGGCUAUUGCCGUUGAUAAUUUAGCAAACGCGCAAGAACUAACAGCUGCCGAAGAAGAACAAGAAGAAGAGGAUAAAGAGAAACAACAACAAGAGCUUGAGAAAGAAAUGGAAGCAUUACAGAUGAGUACUGACCCGUCCAAGAUGGAAAUGAUACCAACAUCGCCAUCGCAAAAUUCCAGUGUUUCACUUAUCAGACACCACCGAAAACAUCAUUUGGAUGAGCCUGACAGCAAAGUAGAAGAGGAAGAAGAAGACGAAGGCCCAAAACCUAUGCUACCGUAUUCGUCAAUGUUUUUACUGUCACCUACCAACGGUAUUAGAAGAGCUGCCCAUUGGAUCGUUAAUUUGAGAUAUUUCGAUUUUUUUAUUAUGCUGAUUAUCAUACUGAGUAGCGUAGCAUUAGCCGCUGAAGAUCCAAUUAACGAUGAUUCAGAUUGGAACAAUUAUUUGGACGUAGUCGACAACGUAUUCACAGUGAUUUUUGCCAUAGAAAUGAUACUGAAGAUAAUCGAUUUGGGAGUGAUUUUACAUCCCGGUUCGUAUCUUAGAGAGUUUUGGAAUAUAAUGGACGCAGUGGUGGUCAUCUGCGCAUUCGCGUCAUUCAUAUUCCAAAAAGGUGGCGGUUCCGUUGGUACAAACCUGUCAACCAUCAAAUCACUCCGUGUGCUGCGAGUAUUGCGGCCAUUGAAGACCAUCAAACGCGUACCCAAGCUCAAAGCGGUUUUCGACUGCGUGGUGAAUUCGCUGAAGAACGUAAUCAACAUACUGAUUGUGUAUAUACUGUUUCAUUUCAUCUUUGCCGUCAUUGCCGUUCAGCUGUUUCACGGAAAAUUCUUCUACUGUAACGAUAGCAGCAAGUCCAUUAAUGAUACAUGCCAGGGUUAUUAUUUCAAAUACGAGGCUGGUGACACGGAAGACGUGAAUUCACAAAAGUUCAUACCGACUUCAGAAAAGAGGAAAUGGGAUAAACAGGAUUUCUACUACGACAAUGUGGCCGUGGCUAUGUUGACACUGUUCGCCGUCCAAACGGGCGAAGGAUGGCCCCAAGUGUUGCAAAAUUCGAUAGCGGCCACGGAAGAGGACCACGGACCCAUACCGAAUUACCACAUCGAAAGGUCGUUGUUCUACAUAAUUUAUUUUAUCGUGUUUCCUUUCUUCUUCGUCAACAUAUUCGUCGCGUUGAUCAUUAUUACGUUUCAAGAACAAGGAGAAGCCGAACUACAAGACGGUGAAAUUGACAAAAAUCAGAAAUCAUGUAUUGAUUUUACCAUACAAGCGAGGCCGCUGGAGAGGUACAUGCCAAAAGACAGGAACAGUAUGAAAUACAAGAUAUGGCGUCUGGUAGUGUCGACGCCGUUUGAAUAUUUCAUCAUGAUACUGAUCGUCUUGAACACGCUGUUACUUAUGAUGAAGUUUUAUCAACAAAAAAAAUCCUACAAGACUGCUCUACAUUACAUGAACAUGGUGUUUACUGGCAUGUUUACCAUUGAGUGCGUGCUCAAAAUUUUGGCGUUUGGAGUCAGGAAUUUUUUUAAAGAUCCGUGGAAUAUUUUCGACUUUAUUACGGUCAUUGGAAGUAUCGUGGACGCGCUGGUCAUCGAAUUUGGGGAACGCCUCGUAUAUCUGUACCGAACUGUGUUCGAGAAAGAUAUAGUCAAAGCACCAAAACUGCUGUUCGGAGAAGUUGUGGAGGAAAACUUCAUAAACGUCGGAUUUCUCCGGCUCUUCCGAGCCGCCAGACUGAUAAAAUUGCUCCGGCAAGGAUACACGAUACGGAUAUUGCUCUGGACGUUCGUCCAGUCGUUCAAAGCCCUACCCUACGUGUGUCUGCUGAUUGGCAUGUUGUUCUUCAUAUACGCUAUCAUUGGGAUGCAGAUUUUUGGCAACAUCCAGCUGGAUCCCACUACAGAAAUCAACAGGCACAAUAAUUUCCAAACUUUUGUUCAGGGUCUAAUGCUGUUAUUUCGAUGCGCCACGGGCGAAGCAUGGCCGUCGAUCAUGUUGUCGUGCAAUCACGGUAAAAUGUGCGAGGCUGGUGCCAAAAAGGAGGAUAAUGAUUGUGGUUCAAAUAUGGCCUACAUGUAUUUUGUGUCAUUCAUAUUUUUCUGCUCGUUUUUGAUGUUGAACUUGUUCGUGGCAGUUAUCAUGGAUAACUUUGAUUACCUAACCAGGGACUCAUCGAUUUUGGGAGCCCAUCAUCUGGAUGAAUUCGUUCGGAUCUGGGCGGAAUACGACCCAAAUGCCACGGGAAAGAUACACUAUACCGAAAUGUACGAUAUGCUCAAAAACAUUGACCCGCCUUUGGGUUUUGGCAACAAGUGUCCCAAUCGUUUGGCAUACAAAAAACUCAUCCGGAUGAACAUGCCGGUUGACCAGGAUGGUAAGGUGCAGUUCACCACAACGCUGUUCGCGCUUAUCCGGGAAAACUUGAGCAUAAAGAUGCGAUGUGCCGAAGAAAUGGACCAGGCGGACGAGGAAUUAAGAGAGACUAUUAGACAUAUAUGGCCGUUACAAGCUAGAAAGAUUUUGGACCUUCUCAUUCCGAAAAGCGAUUGUUUGAACGCCGGAAAAUUGACGGUAGGCAAGAUAUAUGCAGGUCUGUUGAUUUUAGAGAGUUGGAAGUCCACGAGAUUCGGUCAGGUCGAAUCAUCGAAUCCACAGGACAUUGCAGAACAUAGUUCCCCAGAGCCGCAUUCAUCAUUUUUCACGUGCCUGAUGGAGGCCGCCGGUGCGACAAAUUGGAACGCAGAACGUGGACAAGACGAAGACGAAAACAGCUGUUUGCUGACUAGGAACAACUCCAGGAGCCGGUCUAAAAAGCGGUAUAUAACGCAAUCCAAACGUUUGAGGAGGAGACGUGGCGAUAUUUUAGAAAAGGUGAUGGAGCUGACAGAUGUGGUGAUUUCAUCGCGCAGACCAUCCGAAGAUUCCAACUCCGACGGGCAACAGCCCCAGCACCAGGGUAUGCACUUACAUCCUGGUUACAGACAACAGAGAUCGCGAUCACCGAGCAUACGUAGAGAGCGUCAUACCCCGUCGCCAAUCAGAAGAUACCAUCACCACUACCAUCACCACAGUCAUCAUCCACACGAGAUCGGCUUCAGUGACACUGUUUCCAACGUUGUUGAGAUCGUCAAGCAAUUGGAUCAUCGUCGUCAUCCUAGAGGUUCUUGGUCGGCAUCCACGAGUCCGGUCCGUUCACCCAGCCCGGACAGGUCGGAGAGCGGCCGCACGUAUUACGGCACCACCAGCCUGGACCAGCGAUCGCGUUCUCCGUCGCCGGUGUCCACGAAUGGCAGCGGCCGGCACCAGCACCACCACCAACAACAGCAGCACCAUCACCACCAUCAGCAUCAUGGAGGCGGCGGCGGCGGGGCGUCGGCUUCGUCGUCCGCCGCCGCCGGGCCGACGUCAUCGAGACAGCAACAGCACCAGCACGUCAUGCAGCACCAACAAACGGCACCGUCGAUGCCGUCGUCGUCGUCCGUAUCUCACCACGGUUCGCAUCACCCCCCGUCGUCGCUGUCGGGCGGCGGCGGCCACGCGACCUCAGUGUCUGCAAUGAUGACCGGGGCGGCCGCGGUGGCCAUGACGAUGCCGCCGCCGUCCGUUCUGGUCAACAGCAGUUACCCCGUACUGGCCGUGGCCGGUUGCAACAGACGCCGGUUGCCGCCCACACCCAACAAACCGUCGUCGCUGCAGCUCCGGCCGCCGCACCACUCGGCCUCGAUAAAUUUUCCGAAGCUGAACGCGUCGCCGACGCGUGGCCAACCGGCGGCGUUGCCCAAACCACCGCCCGUGGCUCUGUCGUCCACGUCUACUGCUGCGGCCGUGGCCCGGCAGAGUAUGGCCAUGACGGCCAUGCCACCGCUCAGCUUCGAGCAGGCCAUGUCGAUCGGCCGCAGUGGCCGGCUACUGCCGUCGCCGGUGCGCAACGGGUACGCAUCGUCGUCGUCCAAGCAGCAGCAGCAACAGCAGCAGCCGUCGUCGUCGUCGUCGGUGUCGGCAAUCAGACGGCAAAAGAACGGUGGCGGUGGCCGGGUGAGCAGCCGGCACAGCGAUUCGGACGAGGACGACUGGUGCUAACCCUUACUGUCUGGUAGUGGCCGCCGCCGCUGCCGCCGUCGCCAUAAUGGCAGCAGUAGCAGUAGUAGCAGUGACGACGACGAAAGACUUAGCAGCCGCCAACGACGACUGUCGCAACGACGCAAAACGAUGUUCAGAUCGUUUCGGUCGCCCGCAUCACGUUCGCUCCGACCAACGAUCGUUGCAUCGUCCUCGUCCUCGUCUUCGUCGUCGCUGUUGGACUACUCCUCUCAUUCUGCUCCGCCGCCGAACAAGCAGCAGCGGUAGCCGCCGCUGCCACCGCCUAAAAUUUAUAAAUAUUAUAUAUUAUUAUUAUUAUUACCUAAUUACUAUUAUUAUUAAUAACUAUUUCCGUAAAAGAAAAACGGCUCGUUAUUUUGCGCGUACUCUCGUCGUUUUUUCGAUUUUGAUUUUUUAACGUACCCAUUAACACGUGUCAUCUCGAUGGCGUACGUAAUUUUGUUAAGAGGUUGAUAUGAUAUUAUAUUUAGUGGAUAAAUAAUAUUGUAUUUCCACAAAGUGUUGGUUUUUUAUUUAAUUUUAUAACAUUAUCAUGAACGUAUUUUUAUUAUACAUAAAAAUACUAAUAAUUGUAUUACAAUCGUCGCGCAGUUUCUGUUCAGAUUAUAACAUUAUUAUAAUAUGUUUGUGUGUAGGGAUACGUUUAUAUUAUAUUAUACAUACAUUUUUUUUUAUGGCCGGACAUUCCCUUCUUUUCACUUCGUUGUCCAUCCACCGUUUCCCCACACAAAUGCCACCGAUCACUAUAAUAUACUGUCGUCGUGUUCAUAAAUAUACACACAUCACAAGCGUCUUAUUAUUAUAUUGUAUAUAUAUAUAUAUUCAUAUAUAUAUAUAUAUAUAGUCGUGUCUCGUUCUUAUUGAUCUACUCUUUACAAUCAUAUACAAAUACAGUACACACACAUACACAUACAAUAUCGAAUUAUAUAUUAUUAUCAUCGAUCUGUUGAACUUAAGAGUUUAUACAAAAAAAAAAAAAAUCGUUGUAAAUGACAUCCUGAUCCGCGUGAAUAAAAUCGUAUUGUCUAAUAAAUUAUAUUAUACGUACAAUAUUAUUGCUUACUUUGGUUUUAUCGACAUGCAAAUUAUAUAAAACGUGUUAUAAUAUUAAUAUGAGAUAUAUAUUUUUUAAAAAAUCCACCAUUUCAUUCGCAUCUAUUUAUUGUUUUUAAUUUUUCUUUUCCAAACUCUACAUUGUGUCAAAUCAAUUGUUAAUACUCGGAAUUCGAAUGUACUUACAUUUAUUGUUUGCGUAUUUGGAUUUUUUCUGCCGUUAUCGUAGUUCUCACACUUCGAUAACUGUUAACGUUUUUUAAUAAUUUACUAUAUACGCUCAAUGUACUUAAAUAAUAAUGUAUUGUAUUAUAAUUGCAUUGCAAACAUUUACUCUCAUUUUUGUCGUUCAAUAAGUUUUGGGAAAACUAAAAGUAUAACCAUCACUGACGGCUUUUUUUUUAUAAUACUAAUGCUAAUUUUUUUCUCGAAACUGCGCAAUUAAAGGUCUUUUGACCUUUUUUAGGGAUUUUAUUGUUUGUGGUUAUAUUUUUUUAAUAUAUUAAUUACGCCGUACAUUUUUGUGAGUAUGUUAAUAUACAUAAUAUGUAUUCUUUAAUAAUUUGAAUCCUUACAUUCUUCGUAUCUUAAUUUUGAAAUAUUCAUAUUCUGCUAAAUAAUUUUAUAAACGUAUUACCAGCGUACCUUUUUACUUUAUAAAAUGUUUAUUGUAAAAAAUGUUACUUAUUAUUUUUGAUAUAUAAUAUAUAUAUAUACCGGCCAUUCAAUAUAAUAUCAUUGUUUAUUUCUCAGAAAUUCGAAUCGAACACGACAAGACGUAUCUUCUUUAUUUUGGUUAAUGAUAACAAGGGGAUGUCCGUGACAUAAUUCUCUGUCGUAUUUAAAAAACACUGUUAAAAAAAACCAUUUACUCGUUUUAUUGUAACGGACAAAGCGAAAAACAAUAAUAUAAUAUAUUAUUUAAUAACGUAAUAUUAAUAUUGUAUGACACUAUGUCACUAAAAAAUGUCAUAGACACGAUUGAUAUUAAUAAUUAUAAUUGAAGCUAAAAAUAUUCGAACCGUUUGAAAUGUUGGAGUUUAUUAUAGUCAUAUGUACAUCUUAAUCCGAAUUUCGCUUUGCCUAAAAGUACAAAAAGCGCUUAACUUGGUAAUACGCGUAUCAUUUUCCUUCGUUUAUAUCCAUAAUAAUAUCAUCUGAAAACGCUUUCGUAGACAGAGUUUUCACAAUCGUUCGAGUUUCUUUUGUGUGUGUGUAUGUUUAAUAAUUACCAUAUAAUAUAUUAUAUUUUGUGGUUUCUUCGUUUUGUACUUUUGGAGCGUUUAUUAUGUUGUUCAGUAUACUAUACUCUAUAUAAUAAUAAUAUUAUUAUUAUUACUAUUACUAAAAAUAUUGUACACAAUGUGAAUUGAUGUUGCGUGCGAACAUGUAAACAACUAUGUUGUACAUUAUAUUAUGUUCUGUUAUGUAUCGUGUUUCUCUUUUGUAUAUUUAAUAUAAUAUUGUUCCGUUUCGUUUAUUUUGUGUCAAUCGUUUCAUCUCGUGCGGUUUCAGAAACGUAGGUUUUAUAAACCAUGUAUUCAUAAUAUUAUAUUUCUCAUAUUAUAUUGUUUCAAUUUUUUCAAUUAUUAAGUUUGUUCAUUUCGUGCUCUUUUUGUUUUUAGCCUAUCCAUCUUCACACACUCACAUACACACACAUACAGGUGUAUUAAAAAAUAUCCAUUGAUCUUGAUUUAAACAACACCAUCUAGGUACCCAUUAACUUGAAUGACACGAUUUUAUUUUGUAAGUCUAGACGAAAUUGGUCAACAAAAGCAUAACAUAAAGUUAAUAGUGAAAUAAAUAAAGCAUUAGUCAUAAAUCAUAAUACUAUCAUAUUUUGAUGGAUUUUCAACCACCCUAUGAAUAAAUCUUGAUAUCAAGGCCGUAACUGAAAACAAAUUUCUGGGGUCCAACAUUUUUUUAAUAUAAAUACUUAUAUAAAACCCAACAUUAUACUUUAAAUUCAGCACUAAAAUGUUUCUACUUUUAGAAAUUCCCAGGGAGGUGUGGACUCAUGGACCCUCCCCCCAGUUACGGCCCGCGGCCUUGCUUGACAUGUAUUAAAUAAAAUCAUUAAAAGAACAUUAAAUAUCUGUGGUUUGUUGAAUAUCUUACCAUUUUUUUUUUAUUUGUUUGUGUUUUUGUUUAUUGGCGUAUACCUUUAAUUUCUUGUAGGAGCCUGCACCUUGUAAUAAAAUUAUGUACCUGGUGGUCUCGUAAAUCAUAAAUCAAUUCUGUAUGUAUAUUCAAUUUUUGCAAUUGGUGGGUCGUUUACAAAUUAUAUAGUAAAAUUUGUGUUUGCUUAAAAACCUAUAAUCGGAUUAGAACUUAUUUUCUAAAACAAUUGUAUCGAUUUCGAUCCACAUAUAUAAUAGCCCUGACUAUUUAUUACCUAAAUAUAAUAAAUACUUAAAUAUUAAACAAAUUAGGCAUAAUAGUAUGUUAUAAGAUGUAUAUUUUGUCCCAUAUGUUUAUCUCUCUCAUCCACUCUUUCUCUUUAUCUUUCCAAUUAUGUUUAUCUAUUUAUUAUCUAUCUUUAUAUUUUAUCUCUGUAUUUGUGAAUAAAAUGAAUUUGUACAUAGUAUAGAUUUUGUUUGAUUGUUAAAUUAAUUAAUUUUUUUUGUUUUUUAAUAAACACAAUUAAAAAAAAAUUUAAAAAAAACCAAGUACUAGGAUAAUUUUUCUAGUUGAUAAUACAUUUUAUUUCACACGGGACCAUAAAAUAUAAUGUUAAUUUUCAUUUUAAUUUUUUGCCGUCGUCUCAUCACCGACGUAUUUAUGUUUUAACUGCCAAUACGUUUUGAUUGUAAUACUAAUUAUUAUAAACGGAUCGUCGUGAAUUCAUAUUUUUAGGUGAUUUUUAUCGUUAAAUUUUAUCAUUCAAUAUUGUGUUUUAAACUGAUAAUUCUCGCAAGAUUUUUUGUUAUGUAAUAAAAAUACAAUUAUUAUAAUAAUUAUUACUCUCUUUAAAUGCUAUUUUAACAUAAUAUUAUAUACAUGUACUUACAUCAGAGUAACGCAUAUAGGAGCGUUAUUAAAAAAAAAAAAUCUGUGAUAAAACGACAAACCUGUGUAUAAUAUAUCUAUAAAUAAUAAUUUUGAAAAAAAAAAUGAUGUAUUCUAUUCCGUCUGAUAAUAUGAUAUUUUCCAUGGGAAUUUCAAUUUUAUCCCAUCAAACAAAAAAAAUUUAAAUUAUCCUAUAUGUAUACUAUGUAUACCUAGUAAUAUAUAUAUAUAUAUAUAUACACAUAAAUAAUACAUCUCUAACUCUGUCUCUGUUUCUCUAUCUCUCUAUCUCUCUCUCUCUCUCUCGCUCUCACUCUCUCUGUAUAUAUAUAUAUAUAUAUAUAUAUAUGUCUAUAUAUAUAUAUAUGUGUGUGUCUAUCUAUUUAUCUCUUUAUUACGCUUGCUGGUGUCCCUUCUGUGCUUGUUUAAAACAACACUUUGUCUUUGGCCAUUAAAAAAGUAUAUAUUAUAAUAUAGGAACAUAUUAUUAUAUAAAAAAAAUCAAUACAAUACCUGUUAACACUAAAAUAUAAUGUAAAUUAUUAAUAAUAAUAUUGUAAUCAAAGUUGCCUUAUUACUAACCGUAAGUUUCCGGUUGUAAUUUCCUUUUUUUGUUACAAAAUAAAAGUUGAAAAAAAAAUUAAAAAAAACUGUGUAAAAAAUUUAAUUUUAAGUAUUUAAAAAUAGUGUUAUCAUUAUACUAAAAAAAACUGUAUAAAAACGGAGGUGGAACGGGUAUAUUACUAUUUUUUUUCCAAUGUGAUUCAUAUAUUAUUACCUAAUUGUUUUAGGUAUUUCCUUUUAGAACAAACUAUUUUUUUUUUAGAUAUAUUUAAAAUGAGUUGUCGAAUUUUUUUUGUUAAAUAAUAUUUGUUGUUGUUACUUUUUCGACAAUCCGUUUUUCUAUGCUGUAUAACAAGACGCGCGUAGAUUUUAUCUUGUAAAAAAAAAUUUACUAAAAAAAAAAUAAAAAUUUAUGAAUACCAAAAAAAUUUCAUUUUUUUUUCAUAUGUCGUUUUUCAAUAAUAAUUAUAAUAAUAUUAUAUUAUACUACUACAUCAUUCCAUGUAUGCAUUAUUUGACUAUACUUAUAUAGUUAAUGUACAUUUUAUUUCUGUCAUUUUAUUUACCCCUCCUACAGAAAUAUACUU